UGACAAGUGUGGCUUCGCCCCAUGAGCUCUCCGUCCUGCAGAACGGGGACCCCGGGUCGGGGUUGCUCCGGCGGGACCGGGCGGGCAGAGCCUGCCCGGAGCCUCCUCCGCCUUCCCGGGAGCUCCGGGCGCAGCUCGGGGUCCCUCGCUGUGACUGUCCCCGCCCUCUGGGCCGCUCCUGAAGGUCCUGGCUCCCACAGGGACGUGCCCCAGCGCUGGAGUGUCCGAGUGUCCCCGCACUGCAGGACGGGGACCUUGGAGGGCACGGGGACAUCGCCCCUCCUGUGGCCGCCCCAGGGUUCGGGGGGUCUGAAGUGGCGGAGAAGCAGCCCUGGGGUGGCACCGGGGACACGGAGCUGACACAGGGAGCUUCACAUGUCCCUCGGGCACUUCCCUGGGUUGCUUUUAUAGCGACGUGAGGAGCGGGUGUGGUUUUUAGCUCAUUAGCAUGAGAUGCGCUAGCGGGCGGGGUUUGCAGCUCCAUUUUAGCACCCGGGGAGGCCUUGGGCGUGGGUUUCUGUCCCUCAUUAGUAGAUGACACGCUAGGCGUGGUUUGCAGCUCCUAAUUAGCCUGAGAGUGGUUUCAUCGCGGUCUUAAUUCAGUGCUGGUCGAGGGUACGCUCUGGCGACCCCACAAGACAGGUGACCCCAAAAUCACCCCCAAACUUGUGAUCCCGCUUUGUGCGCUGGUGCAAUUCCUCCCCUGUCACUCAACACCACAAAGGAGCAUUGGGGUGAAAAACACCACUUUCGGUCCAGGCUGGGCAGACCUGAAAACGUCAGUGCAGAGUUACCCGUGUGCUUUUACAGCACCGAGAGCUUAUUAACGGCAGUGAAUUAAUUGUCAUUUAUUGAGAGGGUGGCACAGGGGAUAGCGGGGCAGCAAAGGUGACAGCGGGGUGGCACAGGGGACACAUGUCCCUCUUCAGGACAUGGAGGAGUGGCUCACAGAGCAGGGGAGCUUGUGCCGUGCCAUGCUGCUGGCUGGGCAAAGGUCCCGCUGUGACCUCUGUCCCCAGCCCCACCCCGCACCCAGCCAUGGAGCUGCUGGGGGCCCUGAGCCCCCCGUGGUGGCUCCUGCUGCUCCUGCCCCUGGCCCUGCUGCUCUGGGCCACGCGCAGGAGCCCCUGGGAGCCCCGCGAGUGUCCCACCGACCUGACGGGCAAGACAGUGAUUGUCACCGGCGCCAACAGCGGCAUCGGCAAAUGCGUGGCCAUGGACCUGGCGCGCCGGAACGCCCGCACCAUCCUGGCGUGCCGCAGCCGGGAGCGGGGCCAGGCGGCCGUGGAGGAGAUCCGGGCGGCCACCGGGAACCCGGCGGUGCUGCUGCGCCUGCUGGACACCGGCUCGCUGGCCUCGGUGCGCGCCUUCGCCGGCGCCGUGCUGCGCGAGGAGCCGCGCCUGGACGUGCUGGUGAACAACGCCGGCGUCACCGGGCUGCCCUUUGCCGUCACGCCGGAGGGCUUGGAGCAAACCUUCGCCACCAACUACCUGGGCCCGUUCCUGCUCACCAACCUGCUGCUGGACCUCCUGAAGGCCUCGGCACCCGCCCGGGUGGUCAACGUGUCAUCGUUCCGGCACAGCGUGGGCACAGCUGACAGCGCGUUCCUGACGGGGCAGCGGCGCCCGGGCGGGUACGACGCCGCCUACAACAGCACCAAGCUGAUGAACGUGCUCUUCACGGCCGAGCUGGCACGGCGCCUGCAGGGCACAGGGGUGACGGCCAACGCGCUGAGCCCCGGCCUGGUGAGCACCGGCAUCAUGCGCCACUUCAGCUGGCCCGUGCGGGCGCUCUUCCGCCUCCUGCGCCCCUUCAUGAAGUCGGCCGAGCAGGGCGCUGCCAGCACCAUCUUCUGCGCCGUCUCGGAGGAAGCCGCCGGCAUCACCGGGAAAUAUUUCGACAGCAGCUGCCGGCUGGCGCUGCCCUCGGCGGCCGCCCGCGACACCGCGCUGGCACGGAAGCUCUGGGAGGCGUCGGAACGGCUGACGGGGCUCACGGAGCAGGACUGAGCCGCCGGGGUGUCACCCCUCAGCGGGACGGGAAGGGGGACACGGAUGGCGCUCUGCUCCCCCUGCACCCACCCCGUGCUGCCAGGGCGACGACGCGGCGCGGGCCAGGCGUGACUGUGAUGCUUUUAUU